UUCAUUUUUCCCCAUUAUUUCCUUGUACCGACUUCCCAACUCUCUAACCAACCCUUCUUUUUGUCUUCCUGUGUCUUUCCAUUUUCCCGCUUCCAUCAUCACUGCAAAACAAAAGGGUCGGUUACUCCUUUCUUUAACAAAAUAUGUCACCGGUCACUCGAAGAUCAUCGUUCCCCAAAGUUCUCAUUGAAAGAGACUCUGACUCCGAACAGAGUUCCUCCGAAGAAGAACUAGAGGAAGAAGAAAUACUCCAUCAUGAACAAAAUGGGUUUACUGAAAAUGAAAAGACUCAGAAACUGGAACUGGGUUUUGACGUAAACCGGAAAGGGAAAACACCCAUUACUAUAGCUCUCAAAAAAGUUUGCAAGGUUUGUAAGAAGCCUGGACAUGAGGCAGGUUUUAAGGGUGCUACUUAUAUUGAUUGUCCAAUGAAACCUUGUUUUCUUUGUAAAACUCCUGGGCAUACCACUUUGAAUUGCCCACAUCGGGUCACUUCGGAGCAUGGUGUCAUUCCGGCGCCCCGCAGAAAAACGUCUAAACCUUUGGAGUAUGUGUUUGAACGCCAGCUAAGAAAUGACAUUCCUUCAAUGAAGCCUAAAAAUGUGAUUCCAGACCAAGUGAAUUGUGCUGUUAUCAGAUAUCAUAGUAGAAGGAUAACAAGCUUGGAGUUCCACCCGACAAAGAAUAACAUCCUGUUAUCGGGAGAUAAGAAAGGACAACUUGGAGUCUGGGAUUUCGAAAAAGUGCACGAGAAAGUAGUCUAUGGGAACAUACAUUCUUGUAUACUAAAUAACAUGCGGUUUAAUCCUACGAAUGAUUGUAUGGUCUAUUCUGCAUCUUCAGAUGGAACCAUUAGUUGUACUGACUUGGAGACUGGAAUAUCAUCUGCUCCGAUGAACCUGAAUCCUGAUGGAUGGCAGGGUCCAAACACCUGGAAAAUGCUCUAUGGCAUGGAUAUUAACUGCGAAAAAGGUCUUGUGCUUGUUGCCGAUAACUUUGGUUUUCUUCACUUGGUCGACAUGCGGUCCAACCAUAGGAAUAGUGACGCAGUUUUGAUCCAUAAAAAAGGUAGCAAAGUUACUGGUAUCCAUUGCAAUCCACUUCAACCAGACAUCCUUUUGACUUGUGGAAACGAUCAUUAUGCUCGUAUUUGGGAUAUGCGUCGCUUAGAAGCUGGAUCAUCACUUUGUAAUCUUGCGCAUACACGUGUUGUUAACUCUGCGUAUUUCUCUCCAUUAUCUGGAAACAAAAUUCUUACUACAUCACAGGACAACCGUCUUCGUAUAUGGGAUUCUAUCUUUAGUAAUAUGGAAUCUCCAAGCCGAGAAAUCGUGCAUAGUCAUGAUUUCAAUCGCCAUUUAACCCCCUUCAAAGCUGAAUGGGAUCCAAAGGAUCCAUCGGAAUCACUUGCUGUUGUUGGCCGUUAUAUAAGUGAAAAUUUUAAUGGCGCAGCCCUGCAUCCAAUUGAUUUUAUAGAUAUUAGUACUGGACAAUUGGUAGCGGAAGUCAUGGACCCGAACAUCACAACCAUCAGCCCAGUGAAUAAACUGCAUCCCCGCGAUGAUAUCCUUGCAACUGGGAGUUCUAGAUCUCUGUUCAUUUGGAAGCCGAAGGAGAAAUCCGAGCCUGUCGAGGAGAAGGAUGAAAGGAAGUUUGUGGAUUGUGGAAAAGCUGAGAAGAAACGUAAGAAAAAAGGUGAUCAUAGUGAUGAAUCCGACGAUGAAGGCAUUUCAAAGCUCAAGAAGUUCAAGUCCAAGGCCAAGCAGACCGAGUGGAAAUUGUCUCGCUGCUCGACAAAGGAUAAUUGCUAAAAUGUUCAUUUUUGUUUGUGUGUGAAGGUUUUCUAAUUCAACUGCUAACCCUGUAUAGGUUACCAAGCUCCCUUCCUAGUUUUGUUUUUUGGGGUUGGGACGUAAUUUUGUAAAAGAUGCAGGCCUUGCUAGCUUUAUACGUGACACAUUCUCUUUUGUGGUACUAGUUGUGUAUUAUGUUCAUAUUAACUUUGUAGGUUAUGUGGAUUUUACACUUUUUUAUCUAUGUAAAAGUGUACUUAUCAAGCUUAAGAUUGAUAUAUUAUAAUUAUGGUUUUAUGUUUUCA